AUGCACAGCCAGUACGGCCCUAUUAUCCGAGUAGGCCCCCGGGAGGUACACAUUAACAAUCCCGACUUCUAUGAAACCGUGUACGCACUGCGCGGGAAACGAAACAAGGACCCUUGGUUUACCUCGAAUUUUGCUGUCCCUAAAUCGUCUUUCGGCACUCUGAGCCACGACGUGCACAGAUCGAGAAGGUCAUUGAUGGCACCAUACUUCUCCAAAGCUCGUGUUCAGCGCAUUGGGUCUACGAUCCUUGCCAAGGUAGACAAGCUGGUUCGACGACUGGAAGAGUUUGUCCACAGCCAACAGCCACUGAAACUGGAUCCAGUGUUUAGCUGCCUACUUGUUGACAUUGUCUCGGAAUAUACAAACUACAAAUGCUUCAACUACCUCGACUCUCCCGACUUCCAGCCCAUCUGGGCAGACACCACGAAAGACCUGUCCGAGUGCGCAAUGAUGUCUCGGAAUCUUCCAGGGGUCUUCGGAAUUUUGGCAUGCUUACCGAGGCGUCUUGUCAAGCAAAUCUACCCAAAGCUCAUUACUGUCAUGAACUUUCGCGCUGACUGUAUAAAGGAAGUUGCGCACAUGUUUCACAAUACAUCGGAUUCCAAGGAGAUGGCCGAGGUCAAAUUUUGCCAGGAGCCCACCUUGUUCCAUGAUCUCCUCAAGCUAGAGAGUUCCCCCGAUGCCGAGGAGAGGGUGUUGCACGAGUUUAUAUCCAUCAUAACAGCGGGAACCGAGACCACGUCAAACACUCUGACGGCCAUUACAUUUCAUGUCCUAAACAAUAUCAAAAUAAAGCAAAAACUGCGUGACGAACUAUAUCAAGCCUUUGGGGACGGAAACGCAAUGACUUGGACCGAGUUGGAGCAGCUGCCAUACCUGCUAUGCGUUUCAGACCGGGGUGAUAUACGAGGGGCUAAGGUUCGGCAGAGCCCUUGA